AUGUCUACGAAAUCUCCCACUCUUCAGCUGUUUUCUCAAGAACAGCUUUCAAAGCACAACAACGAGAAGGACUGUUGGGUUAGUGUCUAUCAAAGAAAGAUCUAUAAUGUCACAGAAUUUCUGGAUGAACAUCCAGGUGGUGCUGAAUACAUCCUAAAAUAUGCAGGACGGGAUAUUACUGAAGUUUUAAAGGACAGAGAUGUUCAUGAACAUAGUGAAUCUGCUUACGAAAUCUUAGACGAUAACUAUCUGGUGGGGUAUUUGGCUACUAAGGAAGAGGCAACGAAAUUGUUGACUAAUAAAAAGCACCAGGUGGAAGUUCAUCUCACUGAUCAAAAUAAUAGCGAUUUUGAUUCUACUACGUUUGUCCCAGAAUUACCAGCAGAAGAAAAAUUGAAUAUUGCUACUGAUUAUGGCAGAGACUAUAAGAAGCAUAAAUUUUUAGAUCUAAACAGAGCAUUAUUACCCCAAGUUAUGUUUGGUAACUUUUCUAAGGACUUUUAUUUGGAUCAAGUGCAUAGACCAAGACAUUACGGUAAAGGUUCAGCGCCAUUGUUUGGAAAUUUUCUGGAACCUAUUUCUAAGACUCCAUGGUGGGCAAUUCCAAUUAUUUGGAUACCAGUGGUCAGUUUCCACUUUUACGUUGGCUUUACCAAUAUGAAUAAGUUAUUUUCGACUUUUUUGUUCUGCUUGGGUAUCUUCGUAUGGACAUUAAUCGAAUACUGUUUGCAUAGAUUUCUGUUCCAUUUAGAUGAAUGGUUACCUGAUAAUAACGCUGCUUUGACCCUGCAUUUCCUCUUACACGGUGUUCAUCACUAUUUACCCAUGGACAGAUACCGUUUAGUAAUGCCACCAACUUUAGGUAUCGUUUUAAUGGCACCUAUUUACAAGACUGUGUUUGGAUUAUUACCUACUUAUUGGGCUUACUCUGGAUUCGCAGGUGGUCUUUUCGGUUACGUUUGUUACGAUCUAACUCAUUAUUUCUUACACCAUGCUAAAUUGCCUUCCUACAUGCGUAAAUUGAAGAAAUACCAUUUGGAACACCACUAUAAAAAUUAUCAGUUAGGAUUUGGUGUCACUUCAUGGUUUUGGGAUAACGUUUUCGGUACUUAUUUAGGACCAGAUGCUCCAUUGGCACAUAUGAAAUAUGAUUGA